AUGACAGUCGUCUACAAAACCGGUGAGGAUGCCCGCCUGGCCUUCCGGUCCGGCACCUUCACCUCGACGACAUCCGGCCAGGCGCCGACCUACCUCCAGGCGAACUUGAUCAUCCUCCCAAAGCGAUAUGCCGACGACUUCCGCCUCCUCUGCCAGCGGAACCCCGUACCAUGCCCCUUGCUCGCCGAAUCAGCAAGCCCCGGCGACUUCCAACGGCUCAAGUCCCACAUCACAAGCCACGACGGCACCGCAAGCCUCCCCGUGGCCGAGAACAUCGACCUGCGCCGCGACUUCCCCCGCUUUCGGGUCUACGAGAACAGCAAGCACGUGCCCGUCAACGGCGAGUCGGAGCCGCUCAGCGUGGAGGACCAGUGGCUGGCAGGGGACCACGUGGGCUUCCUCAUCGGGUGCUCCUUCAGCUUCGAGCGGGCCCUCGCCGAGGCCGGGCUCAGGCCGCGGCACCAGCUGCACGGCCGCUCCGUGGCCAUCUACCGCACCAGCAUCCCGCUGUGCGCGGCCGGCGUCUUCACGGGCGCCACGUACGUCGUCUCGAUGAGGCCGUACAGGCCGUCGGAGAUCGAGAGGGUGCGGGACGUCACGAGGCCCUUCGUCGCGACCCACGGCGAGCCGAUCGCGUGGGGCUGGGACGGCGCCGAGAGGAUCGGGAUCAGGGACGUCACGAAGCCCGACUGGGGCGACGUGACGCUCCGUCUCGACGGCGAGGGCGUGUUCGGCCCGGACGACGACGAGUACGUGCCGGUCUUUUGGGGCUGUGGCGUCACGCCGCAGGAGGCUGUCAUGAGGGCUGACCUGGAGGGCACGGUGAUGGGACAUGCGCCCGGGCACAUGACUGUUUUGGAUGUAAGAGAGGAGGAGAUAUUUCCUGUGUCGUAG